AUGAGCGCGCUUUCUCCAGUACAAAGUUCAUGUGAAUUGACAAAGUAUGAAACACUGUUGCCAGUGAUCACCUCGUCACACAUUGUCGAAGAAGCUUUAAUAUUCAAGCUAAACAAGAGUCUGUUUUCCAUGGGCGGCACGUCGAAGGGGCAAACGCUUCCUGUAUAUACCAAACCACAAAUCGCUUUACCCUCGCCAUCACCAUCCCCACUAUCUUCUCCUCCAAGGAGUUUAGCAACCCCAGUUCUUACAAAAGUCAGAAAUGGCCCCGAUAAACCAGUCAAUCAGCACUUGGCGGAGUUCCCAAUCACACCUCCUCCAAGUACACCUUCCCCAGUGUCCACAGUACGGACAGGCAAUGAGAUAAUGACCAUUGCGAGUAAGAUCCCGCUUUUCAGGAAAAGGAAGACCAACUACGUAAACAUGGAGGCUACAAUGAAGAGGGAGCCUGUAAUAUUAAAACUUUGUAACGUCAGUUAUCCAGACAGUUUCAAAGGUGCAGUGGACAAUUCAGUCGCGUUCACGGCGUCGCGAGGCAAGGGAACCCCGCAUAUGUCCACUCAACAGUUCCUAAACCACAACGACGUAUAUCACAGGUGCACCACGGAGAUAAUAUCUUCCAAACACCGCAAGUUCCAGUGCAAGACGUGCUCGAUGGCGUUCACUACGUCGGGGCACCUGUCGAGACACAACAAGAUCCACACGGGGGAGAAGAACUACGUCUGUCCGCACGAAAGUUGCGGCCAAAGGUUUAGUAGACACGACAACUGCAUACAGCAUUAUAGAACGCACUUGAAGAAGAAGCAGAGACAAGCGAAGAAGGGGAAAGUCGCCAAGAAAUGA